UGUUUUUGUCUUUUCAGGAGGUGGAAGAAGUCGUGCCACUUGGACAGAGACGAGCCUGGUGUUGGUGCAUGUGUUUUGGAUUGGCCUUUAUGUUGGCUGGUAUCGUGCUGGGUGGUGCAUACCUCUACAGGUAUUUUGUUUCACAGCGUGGCGUUUACUUCUGUGGAAUAAGAUACACUGAUGAUGAUAUGACACUUGCUGAGCCUUACGCAGACUCUUCCCGCAUUCGAUACCAUUCAUUUAAGGAGAGAUCAGAUUCUGGAAGAUGAAGAAGUUGAACUGAUCAAUGUGCCCGUCCCUGAAUUUGCUGAUAGUGACCCAGCUGACAUUGUACACGAUUUCCACAGGAAACUCACCGCUUACCUUGAUCUCAGCCUGAACAAAUGCUAUGUUAUCCCUUUGAACACAUCAAUUGUUAUGCCACCAAGGAAUUUCUUGGAGCUGCUCAUCAACAUCAAGGCUGGAACAUACCUUCCCCAGUCCUACUUAAUUCAUGAACAGAUGGUGGUCACAGAUCGCAUUGAGAAUGUAGACCAGCUGGGUGUCUUUAUUCGCCGCCUCUGCCAGGACAAGGAGACCUACAAACUUCAGCGCAGAGAGCCAGUUCGAGGGAGACAGAAACGGGAUCUUCAAGGCUGCUCCAUAAUUAAACACUUUGAAAACAAGUUUGCGGUGGAAACAUCAAUUUGCCAAUAA